AUGGCAGGCCGAGUUUACGAGAAGAGCCUCAUUGAAGCAUAUAUCAAUGACAAUGGCACUGAACCUGGGCUUGGAAACCCGCUCGCUGUCGAAGACCUUAUUGAGCUCAAGACCGAACCCACAGUCUAUCCCCGACCUCCGUCGGUGACCUCCAUACCAGCCAUGCUAUCGAUGUUUCAGAACGAGUGGGAUGCAUUGGCUCUCCAGACAUACAAACUACAAAAGGACCUGGAACAGUCACGCAGAGAAUUGGCCGUGGCGCUUUAUGAGAACGACGCUGCUGUACGGGUUAUUGCUCAGGUCACCAAAGAACGGGAUGAAGCACGGCAGGCUCUGUCCAAAGUCAGUGUCAAUCGAACAGUUGCACCAAGCACGAACGGUGAUGCUAUGCAAGUGGACAGUGUUCCUCUGCCAGCACGCAUUUUAGAGAAGAUCGAUACCACGAAAGACAGUCUUUCCAAAACAAGGCGAAAGCGACCCGUCCCAGAGGACUGGGCCUCCCCGGACGAGAUCUCAAGCUAUACUUCGACGUCAACCUUGGAAACGCCCUAUUCUGGUGGAACUGUGCUCAGUGUACACAAGUCUGGGAAUCUGGUGCUUGUGGCUGGCCAUGGUAGUGCUGCCGGAGUUCUCUCUGUGACAGAGAAUAGGACAGUGCAGACUUUAGAAGGUGGUCAAGGUUCCGUGACUAGCGGACUCUGGGCAGACGACAAAGCUGUUAUUGCUAUGUCCACCGGAACAGUGAGGAUCUUCCUUUUGGGCAAGGAGAUCUCAACGUUCACUGUCCACGCUGGUAGUGCGACCAACGUUGCCCUCCAUCCCAGCGGCAGCAUUCUGGCAUCCGUGGGGGAAGACAAGAACUACGUCCUAUAUGACAUCGAUUCGACACAGGUGCUCACGCAAGUCCAGACCAACUCAGCCCUCAACUGCGUACAAUUCCACCCUGAUGGUCAUCUGCUGGCUGCUGGUGGCUCGGACGGACAGAUCAAGAUUUAUGAUGUCAAAUCCGGCACGCAAGCGGCUGUCUUCGAACUCGCUGGACCGGUGAAAUGCAUCUACUUCUCGGAGAACGGCACCUGGCUCGCGGCCGUGGCCGAGGGCUCUUCGUUGAUUUCCAUCUGGGACUUGAGGAAGGCUGCCGAGAUCAAGAGCAUUGAGACUGGUAGCCGCAUCAACUCGGUCAGCUGGGACUACACAGGACAGUUCCUGGCUGCGGCCGGUGUGGAUGGAGUGACGGUUGAGCAAUAUUCCAAAGCAUCAAAGGAGUGGUCACAGAUUCUCAAGAAAGCAACCCCCGCAAAGAGGGUGGCCUGGGGUCAAGGGGCGCACAGCCUGCUGACUCUCGAUGAAAGAGGAGUAAUGACCACCCUGAGUGUGAAGCAGGAGUGA